GUAGAGGGAGCAUUGUAUUGCCGUACCUGGUCCGUGGUGGUCGUAGUGUCGCGCGUCUUGGGUGUUUUGUUUUCGGGACGGACCGCUUUGUCUAGACUCCACCGGAACUCGCGCGUGUGAACCGUGUCGUAAGAUGGACGGUGUGGCCGACUUUAACUGUAUCGGCGAGGUAGUCAGGUCCAGUCGAGUGUCGCCGAAAAGUUAGGUUAGGAUUGUGUACUGUGUAGUUAUCGAUGUAUGCGACCAAACAUCGCAACAGUUUAAACCUGAAGCGUGGUAUGAUGCACAGAGAUAAAAUGAAGCCAAAAUACGCUCUGGAGGAUUACAUAUACGACGUGGAAUCGCGCAGUUUGGAACCGUCAGCUGAUCCCGAGGAUGUGUACGCUCAGCUGCAACAGAAGGAGAAGGACCUCAUUUUGGCGGCAGAGCUCGGUAAAGCUCUCCUGGAGAAGAACGAGGAACUCAGCCGUCAGAACGAGCGGCUUGCCGAGGAAUAUUCGCAAAAAUUAGAGGUGAUCGAACAAGACCGUCACCUGCUAAGGCGGAAGUUGGUGGCGAGCCAAGCCGAGUAUGACACGAGGACCAUCGAGCUUCAGGCGGACAUCAAGGAGCUCCAGAAGACCUUGCAGAAGACAGAACAUGAUCUCAAGUCGACGGAGAAGGAGAAGGCACUGUAUAUUGCUGAACUCACUGAUCAGAACCAAAGACUGACAGCUCAAAUCAAAGAGUCGAGCAAGACAGAGGAGCAGUUGACACUACAAUUGCAGGGGCUGCGGGACCAGUGCAACUUGCGCAAGACUAGUCUACAAGACCACCAAUCGAGCUUGGAGGUUCUCAGAGACGAGAUUUACCUAAUGUCGGAGAAGAAGAGUGAGAUGGAGAGGAGGCUGCACAACGUCGUGUCACAGCGAGACACUCUCAGUUCUGCUCUGGACGAGGCGACGGACAGGAUCAUGAUGCUAGAGAAAACCACAAGGGAGCAAGAAAGUCAGCUCCUGGCCACCCAGAGAGAACUGGAAGAGUUGCGCAGUGGUGGCAGUUGUGGCAGAGAUCGCCUGGACCUGCUGACCGGAACUCCGUCAUCGCUGGGCAACCGUAGCUUACACAGUGAGAUGGAAUGUGAUGAGUCUGCGUUCCCACUGGGAGAUGACCUUCACCAGCUGAAGCUGGAAGUUGUGAGCGUGUACGAUCGCGUUAGAUCAGCCUGCCAGAAUCUCAAACAUCGAACUCACCGCACAGACAUUCCCAUGAAACCAGACAUCACUGUACAUCAGGUCAAGGUGGGCCUGCUGACCAGCGUGGUGCAGGAGCUGUGUGACCUGGUGGGUGAGCUGAACACAGGGGACUACAACAACAGCAGUGUCAGCGUGACGGACCUGGAGGUGGAGCUGCAUCGGGCACAGGAAGCUGUGGACCGGAUGACUCGUGAUCUGGAGACUCGCGCAGAGGAACUCAAGAGGCGAGGGGAGACAAUCAUGGACCUCACUGGCAAGCUGAGUGUGAAGGAGGUGGAGUUGUCAGGAACAAAAGAGGAGCUAGAGUUGGCCCGGGCCGACCUGAAAGAUGCCGGAGGCCUGGCCAAGGACGAGAUGGUACAGAAGGCAUUUGAGGUGCGUGACGGUGCCGUGGCACGAAAGAAUGCUACACUGCUGCAGCUGGCACACACACGCAUCGAACUCAUGCAGGCCAACAGCCAGCUGAUGGAGGCCAUCCAACAGAAGGUGGAACUCAGCCAACAGUUGGAUCAGUGGCAGAUGGAUAUGCAAGCUUUGUUGGACGAGCAAAUGAGACGGAAACUGGCAAACCCUGAACCCGAGAUACCCUCCAGUGGCCAGAGCACACCUGCAUCAGCCGAGCGCAAACGACCAUCUCGCCGCCUGUUUGGUCUAUUCCAGAGAUGAUUUCCCUCCCCUUCUUUUAAACUUUUCUAAAUUGUCUUAGGAAAGAUUCUUUACACUUCUUAGGCUAAGCCUGAGUCCUCUUAAAAAUGUAUAUAUUUUUGUAAAGUUUAGUAGUGUUAAUUAGUUGUGAAACUAUAAAACUAAAUAUUGGCUUUAUAAUUGUAUCACUCACAAUUUUAAAAUGAAAAUCUUUGAAUAACGAUAAAGAUGGAUAAUGACCUAAAAAUGCAAAAUGUUCUAUUGUUAAUUCACUUGACACAUUACUUAAAUAUGCAUUUUUAGUUAUCAAUGCAUACAAUUAUCAAUUUAAAAUGGUUUUUAGAAUACAUUUUAGCUUUUUUUAAUUUGUUAUGUUGUUUGUAUUUUAAUAUAAAAAGCCAAGUUUGAGAAAUGAAACAAAGUUGUUAUUAAACCGAAAGUUUGAAAUGAAUUCACAAUUCCUAGUUUUUUACAGCAAACUUUCUCAUAGAACUUUAUUACUAUAACACUUUUCAAAAUAAUGUUAGUAGCCAAUUUGAUACUCUGCAAUAUAAGUUAAUGUACUUUAUAUGAUUUAUUAAUAUGUAAGGGAUUUAUAACGUUCAUUCCUUGCUUAAAAGUGCAGUGUUUAAUUUUAGUAAAUGUUGUGCAUUGUUUCUGUGUUACUAUUUAUUAUUUGUAAUGUUUAAUUAGAGUUUAUUAAUUUUAAGAUGCUAAAUCAAAUCUAAAACUAAACAUUAACUUUACAUUAUUAUAACUAAAUAAGUUUUCUGUUUGAAAAUCAAGCUAAGUGCGGUUAUGCACUCCCACUAACACUGUGAUAACUUUCCGUACUAAAUAUAUAUGGGUGAUUUUCAUGCUUAAACGCCACUAUUUCGUAAAAUGUAGAAUACAUUUAAUUCUAUUGUACAGAAUAAAUUGUGAUAAAUACAACAUAUUCCACAGUUUUAUUUUGUAGUAAACGGAACUACUCUGUUAUAAUUUGAGUAAAUUAUAUUUUUUAUGUUGUUUAUAUGAGCGCACAUUAUUUUCUACAGUGCUAAACAUUAUUAUGUUACGCAAUAAAAUUAAUUAAUCGAGAGCUGUGCUUGUAAAUAAUAGAAGAUGUAGUUUUAUUGUAAAUAAUCAUAGUAUUAAAAUGAUUAAUUGUU